AUGCACCUCUCCCUCAUGAUCCAAAGUAUGAGCAUCACAUGUACCUUGUCUGACCAGAAUGGUGGCAUUGGGUGUGGUAUUAAUGGUAGAUCAGGGUGGUACAGCUGUUGGCAGAUGCACAUGUACACAAUAGCCCACUUGGCAUAUAACAAGUCCUUCGAGGGCAGGGAUCUCCACAUCAAAUGUACAUAUGUCGACCUCACCUUGAAUCCUGGUAGUCACACUGCUGGCCUCUCUCACUUGUAUGAUAUCGCUGAUGCUAUUGGUUCCAUGAAUAUCAAUGAUACAGAUAAAAAGGUACCUCAUAGUGGCCUGUUUUGGACAAAGUUAACUCAGAAGGCCACCAAUCUAGUCUGGUACUGCAACAAAAAGGAUGAAGAUAUUGUAUUUGCAAAUUUUUCAGGCGAUAAGUACCAAGCAGUUUAUGACAAACACCUUGCCAACCUCAACAGGUUUCAUUUGUAUAUGAAGGACUUGGGAAUACUUGAUGCUAUCUGUAAGAAGAUCAAUGUCACUAGCCAGAUACAUGCCAAAGUGGAUUCAAUUAACAUUGCAAAUAAUGACUGUCUAUCUGAUGACAAGAUCAAAAAUGCAAUUGAGGAGUUUCAGAAUGGUAGUGGGGAAAAUGGGAGAGAUCAAGGAGAUAUGAGUGAUGUAACAGGGAUGACUAGCAAGAUAUGA